AUGCAUCCUAUUCAGUUUCCACAGUUUGUCCUGCCGACAUCUAUCGAUACAGUCGUACCCUCUACUUCACCACAAUUCUUCUUGCCCGCGUCGAUGGAUGCCGAGAUUUCAACAUAUUCUAUCUACCGAGAGCCUGCUGUGGAUAUCAUGGUCUCUUCCGAGUUCCCUCAAUAUGGCCCAUACGCGUCCGCGCAACAUACAAGUAACAAUAAUACAGGAACAGGAACACCAGACACUUUCCCAUUUCACCAUAGCACCAAUAGCUUCAAUCCCAAUGCGGGCGCAGUCGGUAUCAUGACGACGGGUUGA